UCACCAAAUUAGACGUGUUUCAGUUACCGAAUCGAGAUGUUGUUAAACAAGACAUACAGGCAUUGUGCAGCUGCAGUAAUUGUCAUGGGAUUGGCAAUUGCCACCUACGCCUAUGAUAAUUAUGAAUUGCAGAUGUUCUUGCAUGUGGUACGCGGAUUGCAGUUGGUGGCGACAGCUGUUCUACUCUUUGCAAUUUUUAAGAAGGAACAGCUUCAUAAGGAUAAACUUAUCCUCUUCUGGUUAGGCACUACGACAUUCUUCGAAAUGUCCAUAGCGAUUUGCAGUUUUAAGUUUAUUGGUAGCGACUUUGUUUCCUACACCUUCGGAUACUUUAUUGGCUCACUAUUUGCCCUUUUGGCAUUCUGGCUAGCAAUGGCUGUUGUGGGCUACGCGAUGUACAUCAUUUACUUGGAAUAUGUUGAGUUGAUCCAAGUCAAUGGAGCAGGACUAAGUCUUCCUCCGGUUGCUAAUCAGAUUAGUCCGAUCUACGAGACAAAGGAAACUCCGCCACCAUAUAUUCCAACCUCUGAGAAUCUGUCGGUAUCGAUUCAGAGUUAAGGGAAACGAUUAUCUUGUAAAGUGCACAUAAAAAGUGUAAAUAAAUAUUGUUGCGAACAAAGCACAAGAACAAAGAAAUAAUUACUACACACUUCAAAUAUUAAGUAUAAGCUAAAGCUUUUUAUUGAGAUUAUUAUCAUGUAUAUACUACCAAAAAAGAAUAAAAUACUUUCGAAAUCGAUAAGAUAACUGAGAAAUUAGUAAUAUAAACAUCUAGAUUAUAUUGACCAAUAAAGAGCUUACAGACAAUGCUUACAAA